GUCAGUGUAGGAAAGCUGUUGUGGAAGAGAGCUGCUUGCUUCAUUAACCGGUUAGAGCUGCACUCGCCAAAUAAUCCUCAGGGGACGAUUUGGAGACAACUGCGAAAGGGGGUAGAACGCCAAGUCCGAGGAUGCCUUACGUGCUCAUCAGCACACAGAUUCGACUGGAAACUGGUCCUACUAUGGUUGGGGAUGAAUACUCAGACCCAACCCUUAUGAAUUACUUAGGAGCCAGGAAAACAACAAUGUUGGGCAACAACUUUUCUGAAUACCAUGUAGACGAUCCACCACGAAUGGUUCUGGACAAACUGGAGAAGAUCGGCUAUCGUGUGGUGAGCAUGACUGGAGUAGGCCAGACACUGGUGUGGUGCCUACACAAGGAGACACUGUGAGCUGUGCAGAUGUUGGUGAAUAAUGGGUGCCCUGCCUUACCAAUGGAUUACCACAGACUAACUGCUGGAUAUUCUUGUGCUGUACAUGUGAUCUUACAUUCUGCUGAAGCUCUGGUGAUUUGUAUUACACAAUACAUAAAAAAAUAAUUACUUUUUUGAUACUUGCAUCCAAAUGAUUUUUACCUCAUAGAUCCUAGAAGGGGGGCUAAAUUAUAUUGUUCUUAUUACCAGGGGAAACUGUUGCUGGGUGGAAUUUAAAAUUAGUUUUAAGGUACAAGUAGUAUUUUUAAUUUGUUUUGGACACAUUGUGUUCACUUUAGUCAGCAGUUAAUUCUUGGCACUGGAUUCUCAGUGGAAAGGACUUGAAGAUUCCCUCUGGAAGCCUAUUAAUCCUUCCUAUAAUGUGUAUGACUAGUUCUAGAAAAAAACCAAAGGUGUAUUUUUGUCUUCUUGGCUUCAGAAGGAUGGGGUGGUUCACAGGCUUCAAAAUUACACAUUUUUUUCAAAACACAUUUUGAAGGAGAUCUGUGUAAUAAAAGAGCCAGUUCAAAUGUUAGUUUCUGUUAUCAUCAGUGGGAACAGCCACAGUUCCUGUGACACAGUGACACAGUGUCAUAGCCAAAGCUUGAAUUACCUGUCACAAUGAAUUUGAACACAUUGUAAAGUUCAAUGUUCACACAUAAAGUUCAUGACAAAUUCUAUGGGCCUUAGUGGCUAAUGUUUGUGGCUAAGUGGAAAUUUUUCACACCUAUUGGAUAUUUCUGCAGAUAGCCACUAAGGUUCUUGGUGUGAGGUCAUCUCAUGCCACACAUCUCGGCCCCACAGUUAGAAACAAGUACGUACUGUAUAUAUAUGAUGCAGAUGUUUCACAGAAUAACUACAUUCCACUGCAGAAACAUAGUUUAUGUCCAUUACUGUUUAAGAAAUGUUGUCUGGAUAAUGACACUUUCCCCAGCUUGCAAAGUCUCUUCGUCAUAAAUAAAGACUAUCAAACCUAUAACUACAUUUCUGUUUAGUAUACACAUUAAGUAGAGCACAAAAUGAAAUGUAUUCUCUAAUAAUCAACAGAGCAUAGUGUGAAAGUCAUUCAAAUAUGUCUGUUUUGGACUGUUGUCUAUAACAAUGAUGUAAUUUAAAUCACAUGUGUUAUUCCCAGUUGUGUGCCUGUCACCAUCAUCUAGAAAUAAAGGUUGAGUUCAAUACAUUCUCAAUGUGAUAAAGUGUGAGAUUGAGAUGGAGACUGUAUAAAAUUAACAUUAAAUGUAAAAAUGUAAUAAAUUAGUUUUGUCCUUUA